UGCCGUUGAAAGAUGGUAAUUUCAUAAUUACAUUUAUACAUUUGCUUCUUUGUUUCUUAUCACUUUUUUCCUUCAUUACUUUCAAAGCAGUGCUGCAUGCAUGAUCAGGUUGCUUACUAGUAGAGCACUGCAACCUUCUUAUAUUUCUACUAUACACCAAAAUAUCAACCUUUUCGUAUGCUCUUCAUUCUGCGGAUUCUCAGCCCAAGCAGGAAAGCGAAUCCAGAAAAAUCCAAGUUCCACAAACGAAUCAUGUUUGCUCUCCAAAGCUCACACGUGUGGAGCCUUGCUUCAACGUUGUAUCCAAAACGAUGACCCCAUUUCAGCAAUGGGUCUUCAUUGUCAGAUCCUAAAGAGAGGUAACUGCCUAGACUUAUUUGCUACCAACAUUCUCUUGAAUAUGUAUGUAAAAGGUGAAUUAUUGUCCGAGGCGGAAAUUUUGUUUGCUGAAAUGCCCGAGAGAAACACAAUUUCUUAUGUUACUUUAAUUCAAGGAUACGUGCAGUGUUUGCAAUUUGUUGAAGCUAUAGGGUUGUUUGCUAGGUUACAUAGGGAAGGCCAUGAGCUUAACCCAUUUGUUUUUACUUCCAUAUUGAAGGUGCUUGUCAGUAUGGAAUGCGCUGAGUUGGGUUGGAACUUACAUGCUUGUAUUUAUAAGCUUGGCCAUGAGUCUAAUGCCUUUGUUGGAACUGCUUUAAUUGAUGCAUAUUCUGUUUGUGGGUAUGUUGGUUUUGCAAGAGAAGUUUUUGAUGGGAUUAGAUGCAAAGAUAUGGUUACUUGGACCGGAAUGGUAGCAUGUUAUGCGGAGAACCAUUUUUUUGAAGAGGCAUUGGAGAUUUUUUCUCGAAUGAGGUUGGUCGGUUUUAAGCCAAACAAUUUUACUUUUGCUGGUGUUUUUAAGGCUUGUAUUGGACUUCAAGCAUUUAAUGUAGCAAGAGGUGUUCAUGGGUGCGUGUUAAAAACUCGUUAUGAGCAUGAUAUUUAUGUAGGAGUUGCAUUGCUUGAAUUGUACACCAAGUGUGGGAACAUUGUCAAUGCUCAACUGGUUUUUGAGGAGAUACCUAAAAAAGAUGUGAUUCCCUGGAGUUUCAUGAUUUCACGGUUUGCACAGAGUGGUCGGAGUGAAGAGGCUAUUAAUCUGUUUUGUCGAAUGAGGCAAGCUUUGGUGGUUCCUAAUCAAUUCACAUUUGCUAGUGCACUUCAAGCUUGUGCAACUAUGGGGGAUUUAGAUUUAGGGAAGCAAAUGCAUGGCCUUGUACUCAAGGUUGGUCUUGAUGUAGAUGUGUUUGUAUCAAAUGCCCUUAUGGAUGUCUAUGCUAAGUGUGGAAGGAUAGAGGAUUCAAUGGAACUGUUUGGGAAAUCACUAAAUAUGAAUAACGUGUCCUGGAACACUAUGAUUGUUGGCUAUAUUCACUGUGGGGAUUCUGAGAAUGCAUUGGGUUUGUUCUUAGAGAUGCUUGAAAACCAAGUAUUGGCAACUGAAGUAACAUACUCCAGUGUCCUUUGUGCUUCUGCCAGUUUGGCAGCAUUGGAUCUGGGAACUCAAAUUCACUCCUUAACUGUCAAAACAAAUUAUGCUGAAAAUACUGUAGUUCAUAAUGCUUUGAUUGAUAUGUAUGCCAAGUGUGGAAGGAUCAGAGAUGCCCGCUUAGUAUUUGACAUGAUGAAUGAACGAGAUGAAGUUUCUUGGAAUGCAAUGAUCUCAGGGUAUUCUAUGCAUGGGCUAGGUAUGGAAGCUCUAAAGAUAUUUCAGAUGAUGCAAGACGAAGGGUUUAAACCAAACACUUUAACUUUUGUUGGUGUGCUAUCAGCAUGUAGCAACUCAGGACUAUUGGAUCAAGGACAAGCUUAUUUUACAUCUAUGUUUCAGGAUUAUGGCAUUGAGCCAUGCAUCGAGCAUUAUUCUUGUAUGGUCUGGCUUUUAGGGAGGUCAGGUUAUCUUUACAAGGCUUUGAAGCUGAUUGAGGAAAUCCCAUUUGAACCUAGUGUUAUGGUGUGGCGUGCCUUGCUUGGAGCUUGUGUUAUUCAUAAUAAUGUUGAGCUUGGAAGAUUGUCUGCACAGCACAUUCUUGACAUGGAACCCCAAGAUGAUGCAACCCAUGUGCUAUUGUCGAAUAUGUAUGCUACUGCAAGGAGGUGGGAGAAUGUCACUGCCAUUAGGCAAAGCAUGAAAAAGAAAGGAAUGAAGAAGGAACCGGGUUUGAGUUGGAUCGAGAACCAGGGGAGUGUACAUUAUUUCAUUGUGGGAGACACUUCGCAUCCUGACAUGAAGGUUAUGAAUGGGAUAUUGGAAUGGUUGAAUUUGAGAACAAGGAAGGCAGGCUUUGUUCCUAACCAUAAUGCCGUUUUGCUUGACAUAGAGAAUAAAGAAAAGGAGCGUCUUUUAUGGGUACACAGUGAAAGGUUAGCUCUGGCUUUUGCACUGUUUAGAACAUCAUCUGGAAGCCAAAUCCGUAUAAUUAAGAACCUCCGUAUCUGUGUGGACUGCCAUGCUGCAAUGAAAUUAAUAUCAAAGAUUGUGCAGCGGGAUAUUAUUAUCAGAGAUAUGAAUCGGUUCCAUCAUUUUCAUGAUGGAAUUUGCUCUUGUGGCGAUUACUGGUAAAUCAUAGUCCUCUAUGGGAUCUUGAUGUCUUGGAAGGCUGUAGUUUUAAUCUUCUCAAAGAAAUUCAUAUUAAUAGAAGCUUUCUGAGGCUGUUGUCUUUAUGUCAGUCCAACUCAACAAAGAACUAUUUUAGCAUUUGAUGUGAUGAAUUGGCCAUUGCUCCAGCCAAUAGAAUGAGUUGCAAAAAGUUUGAAACCAUAGCUCUACCCUAGAUGAUGAUAGUUUUGUUAGUUUCUUAAAAUUUUCCUUGCUCAGUCUGUCUCUUGUAGAGUUUUCUGUGCAUAUGAAUGCUGGCCUUUAGGCUUAGGAGAGCAAACUAGCUCCAUUUUAUCUAGCAUGACUUAUUGGUAAAUUAAGUUUCCUCCUAUAAAAGGGAGAUUUGGAGAACCUAAGCUGAGUUUCCUGCUAGCCUGUUUAGUGCGUUAUUUGCACUCA